CCUUCACAUUGUACACAAGCACUAUCAACUAUCAACACAUCCAAUUCACCGUAAAGAAAAUGUCACUCUUUUCCAAUAGUAUCUUUGGUCGAAGAAGAUCAAAAUCACCACAAGAUCAUCAUCAUCAUCAUCACCAAUCAAGGAACAACCACCCAUCACACCAAACCCAUGGUUAUGAAGUUUCUCAAACCCACACACCCCAUAUAACACUACCACCAAAUUUCCACGAGCCAUCACCAAUUGUCGACACCAUUGACAUAGAGUGGAAAGAAACCCCUGAAGCUCAUGUUUUCAAAGCACAUCUUCCGGGGAUGAAACGAAGCGACGUGAGAGUUGAAGUUGAUGAUGACAGAAUGCUAUGUAUCAUUUGUGAGAAGAGUGUCGAAAUGGAAGAACAAAGUGGUGGAUGGCACCGUAUUGAGGUUGCUAGUGGUCAUUUUGUUCAGCGUCUUACUUUGCCUGAAAACUCUAAGGUUGAUCAUGUUAAGGCUUAUAUGGAUAAUGAUGUGCUCACUAUUAAUGUUCCUAAGAAUAGAGUUGUCAACAAACGUGUUAGGAAUGUUCAAGUUUCUCAUGUUUGAGAACUUAAUUACCACCGUGUCUAAGUGUAGUGAGAUUCUCUAUUUGAGAAAUAAUUUGUUUAAAGAGAUUAUGUCUCUUUAAACUAUAAAAGUGUUCAUUAGUUAGAAAAUAUCUUAACACCUAUUAUCUUAUAAAUUGAAGCUAGACGCUUGAUAUGUAUCAUUCUAGAAGAGACACGGUUAACUAUAUAAAUAAAAAUUUACUAAGUUGUCUU